AAAGGAAUGUCAAAAUAUAUCAAAACAUUACAGAAAAACAAAUUUAAAGCUUUUUAUCGUAAAAUUCUUUAUUUAAAAAUUCAAAUCAAUAUAAAUUUCCUUCUAGAGAAUUUAACAAAAUGGGUGUAACGAUUUUGCAACCGUAUUUGGUGCCGGAAAACAAAACAGGCUCCCAAACAAUUGAAUUCCUCACGAAGAAUCUUACAGCAUUAGGGGCAGUACAGGCUGGGCACUUCCUUGUUGAUUGUGAGACCUACAUGAGUUCCAUUCAGCAAAUGCCACCGAAAACCGUUCAUGUUUUGCAUUCAUCCGAGCACCCAGCUUCGGUAUUCUCAAUCUUGGAUAAUGGAACAAAGCAAAUUCCCCUCGUUGCUGAUGGUCUGUUCGAUUUGCUAAUGCUCAAGAUGACCCCACAUUAUACAUCGAAGAAGCAAACGAAGACCGAAUCAAAGGGCCCCCGUUUCGAACUGGGAGACUUCCUGAUAAAGUUGGGAAGUGUUACGAUGAGUCAAUCCUUCAAGGGAAUCCUCGUUGAGGUGGAAUACCGUCCGUGUAUUCUUCCCGCCAGUUGUUGGGAGCUGAUUAGGGAAUUCCUUCAGGGCUUCCUUGGCUCAUGCGUACCCAACACCAUUCCCAGCUACUUCACCAAUCACAAUCGACUCAAUGAGAUCUACCAACCUCUCGAUACGAUCCAGCAGUACUUGGAGCAUUUCACAAACUACCGAAAGCAAACUGCUCCGGCUAUUGGGAUGAGGCAGUAGGGAGGGAGCAAGGCUGAGGAAGCAAGCCAACAACCACAAAAAUCGAUGAAUUCUUUAAUAAAAUAAUUAAAAAUUAAAUUCUUUUUCUUCA